AUGACAAUGUCUGAUAAUUUAUAUGAUCUUAUAAUAAUUGGUUGUGGUCCAGCUGGUAUAGCUGCUGCAUUAGAACUUCAAAAGUAUCAAACUAUUCCAAAUUUUCUAAUUGUUGAAGCUCGUAAUCGUGUUGGUGGUCGAACUUAUACUGAUACACAUACUUUCGAUAGUAAUAAACCAAUUGAUGUUGGUGCGCGUUGGAUUCAUCAUUUUCGGCCAGAAAAUCCUCUUUAUAUACAUCAUACUCCAUCAGAUAAAGAUUGUUUUAGUUAUGAUUUGGUUCAUAGUAAUAUAGUUUCUUUUUUUGAUAUUGAUGGAGCAUUAUUAUCUGAUGUUUUAGUUAGUCAAGCAGAAAAAUUUGUUGAAGAAUUACGUAUAAAUAUUCAUGAAUAUUCAUCAGAUAAAGAAGAUAUUUCUAUGUUUGAUGUUAUUCGUGAUAAAUAUGAAAAAAUUCAAGAUAAACAAAUGCGUCGUCUUAUUGAUAUGAAUUUUUCUUUUAUUGAACAUUAUGAAGGAUCGAAUCUUAAUGAACUUUCAGCUAAAUCUUAUUCAAAAUCUGAUAGUGAUAUUGAAACAUGUGAUCUUAUUCUUCCUAUUGGAUUAGGUUCUUUUAUUGAACAAAUAGUUCAACGAAAUCAUUUUCCUAUUCAAUUAAAUACAAUUGUUACAAAUAUUGAUAUACCAACUGACACGAAUGAACCUAUUCAUAUAACUACACAAGAUAAUCGUCAUUAUUUGAGUAAAUAUAUUCUAAUUACAAUACCACUUGGUUGUUUAAAAGCAUGUUCAAUAAAAUUUACUCCACCAUUACCUGAUUGGAAACAAAAUG